UGUUGUGUUGUAGCUAGCUGCUAUGGCUUGUAUAAUCUGUGCUAAGGCAACUGUACCUCAGAGAAGAGCAAUACUGCAGUCCAAGUGUAAUUCCCAGCUGAUUCCUGCACUUUCUUAUUUAAUCGAAAAGGUUCUUCAGACGGAAGAAAGUCCUACAGUAGUAGAUGUACACAAUCUUCUCGUAUCAGACAAGGCUGGAACACUUACUUACCUCUGUUCUAAAUGCUGCACUAAGCUAUCUCAUUUUAGUGAUGUAGAAAAGAAGCUCAUUGAUUCCCUGAAGGAAGGAAACAUUACCAAUAGAAUUGCUGGUUUGGUGGCACACACUAGUCAGGCUCAAUCUGCUCAGAAUGAUCAGCCUGGGUCCCAGCCUGCUAAACGAAAUCUAGAAGAACAGCACACACCAACAUCAAAGAAACAGAAAAGAGCUGCUCCAUUAUCAGUUGUCGUUGGAUACAAGUCCCAACCAAGAACCCAUGUUCCUACUCCUAGACGUGGUAAAAUUGUUCAUUUGGUUGUAAGAGGCACACCAUCAUCUGUUGCUAAGCAGAUACUAAAGCACCCUAAUUACUCUUCGAAAAUGGUCGAAGAAAUUUGGAAGAUGAUUAAGAAGGAGCUGACCACUUUAUGUUCUGAUAACGCCAAUUCAAUGCUUCUAAGGUCCAGUAAUAAAUCUGAUCUAAUGCAAUUUACAUGGGAUCAAUUCUUAUCUGAAGUUGUGAUGAAACUGAGCCCGAUUGUCACAUUUGAUGACUCUGUUGUUGAAGCAGAGUUACUUAAUAGCUCCAGUGACGAUGUUGUAUUUGAUACUUUAGGAAAUGAUUUUUUAUUUGAUGAUGAUGUUGACGAUGCUAUUGCUGUUGAUUGUUCAGCUGUUGAUGCUGCUGAGGAAACAGAAUUGAUGGAGACAUGUAAUGGUGAUGAAACUGACAAUCCUAUUUUAGUAAGACGUGAUGAUGAAGUGAUCAGUGAAGCCAAAUGGAAUGGUUUCAAACUAUGUGGUGACAACAUUGACAAAACAGUUAAGCCUAGGAACAUGACAAUCUCAAAACAAAGUCAGAGUUUCAAUUAUUUCAAUUCUUAUGCUGUUCUUGACAGAAUUGAUAUGUCCUUAUGUUCAGAAGAAGCACCUUUAAUUGAUCUAGAACCUGAUAUGGGUUCAAUACUACCUUCAAAUGACAACAAAUUGUCAAUUAUACGCAAUAUGGCAGUUCUAGUUGCUCGUAUUCUUGUUAAGAAUAUUUCAUUCUUCAAGCUGCAUUUUGAGGAUGCUGUUGAGUACCACAUCAAGCACAAAUUUACUAAAGAAAUGAGCACAAAGUCAGAGGUGGUGAAUUUAGGAAUUUAUUUGCACAGUGAAAGAAGUUACGAUGAAUUUUUACAAAUAUUGGAUAAACUUGAAAAGUAUAUUCCUAAGAAAAUUGUUGAGCAUGAUGGCUUGAUGCGUGAAGUACACCACCAGGUUUUGUUAGGUGGUGAUCAAAUGACUGCUGCUAGGGCACGUGGGUCCAAAAUGAUUCGGAUGAAUUCAACCACUGAUUCAAAGCGACUCACUGGUUUACUACCUGUUUCAGAAGAUUGGCAUACAAAAGUCAUUUUGCUAGAGGUAUAUUCUUACACAAAGUAUAAUGUUCAUUGUAUUUGUGACCAUAAUUGA